AUGGAUUUAUAUGGACUGGAAGAUGUCAAUAAUAAACAAGUUAAUGCAACAGAUGAUGAAAGAGAAUACGAAGAAGAACAAGAAUAUAUUAAUACCCCAGAUAGUAGUGAUAUAACAGACGUUGAUGCAACUCCUCCAAGAGUAAUGGAUUUACAUAUGUCAAGUAUAAUAUCAGAUUUAGAAGAAGAAGAAGAAACCACAGUAAAACCACCACAUCAGUUACUUUCAAUAUUGACAGGAAAUCAAAAGAAGAGGAAAGUUUUAAAAGAAGAAAUAACACAACCAAAACCUGAAACAUUAGAAGAUUUAGAAAAGAAAAUGUACUCCAAGAUUAAAUCAACAAGUAUAAAAGAUUUAUUUACAUCAUAUAAUAAAAAAGAAUUUAACUCAAACAUCACUAUAAAAAUAAGUUCUGAAAAGCUUAAGAAUAUACGACCGACUCCACCAAGUGAAAAAAAGCAACCGCCACUAGUCAAAAAACCUGUCAUUGAUCAUGAAUCAAAAAUCUUUGAAAAUGCUAAAAGAACAACAGCAAGAGAUUUAUUCAACAAUUUUAAACCAAAAGUUACAGAAUUACUACAACCAGGUAUUACCACCUACCCAGUCAUCAUCAAAUUAAAUCCAAAUCAAUUGGCAAAAUUUAAUCUUAAUCCAUUAAGAACAAAAGGAAACAACGUCAAUGGAACUUCAUGUAAAUCAGUUUUUGCUGAAAUGAUGACAGCAAGUAAGAACAACAAACUCAGAACUACAACACAAAUUAAAGAAAUGAAACUACCACCACUUUCAAAAGAUCAAUUUCACGUUUUAGAUGAAUUCAUAUCAUAUAUUCCACCACUACCUAAAAAAUUGCAUGUACAACCAGAAGAAUUUUCUGGUAUUGUACCACCUCCAAAUAUUCCAAAAUCGAAAUCAAAAUAUUCAUAUACAAAUUAUACUGUAAAUAAAAAAGAAUUUGCAUUAAAUAAAAUACCUAUUCUACAUAAAGCUCCACAACUUCAAGCCAUUUUCAAUAAACUUGAUCAACAACAACCAGAACCAAAAUUACCAUGGGUAAAUAAAUAUCAACCUGAACAAAUGUCAGAACUAGUCAUGCAUAAACAUAAUUUGAAACAUAUAAAAAAUUGGAUAGAAAAUUCAUUCUUAAAAUUAAAAUCUCAAGCACCAGUUAAAGACCUUAAUCGAAAAUUAAAGAAACGGAAAUUAGAUUCAUUUAUAUUAGAUGAUGAAGAAACAGAAGAUGAAAUAUACCUGCCUUUUCUUAUAUUACAAGGUUCGUGUGGUUCAGGAAAAUCUACUGCUGUUUUUACUGCAAUGCAUCAAUUAAAAGGGUAUGUGCAUGAGAUAAAUACCGGUAAUGCAAGAAGUAGAAAAGAUAUUCAUAAUUCAUUAAAAGAAUUAUGUACAACUCAAUUAGUUAAUGAUACAAAAGAAUUCCAAAAGGGAUUAGUUUUAUUUGAAGAUGUUAAUAUACUAUUUGAACAAGAUAAAACAUUUUGGCAAGUAGUUCAAGAUAUUAUAAAUGUUUCUAAAAGACCUAUAAUUUUAACAUGCGAAGAAUUAUGGAAUAUUCCUAAAAACUUAAUACAAUUUGCACAAGAUGAUGAUUCAAUUAUUUUCAUUGAUGAUUAUCCUGUUUCCAAAAAAUUAGUAGCAGAUUAUAUGUGGUUAUGUUGCUUGAAUGAAGAUUAUGAUGUUGAUGAUCAUAUUAUUGAUGAAAUUAUUGAUGAAAAUUGGAAUGGUCAUAACUAUGAUUUGAGAGGUUGUUUGAAUCAGUGUGAAAUGUUAUGUAAAAUUGAUCAUCUACCAGAACAAGUUGUGAAAAUUACCAAAAUCGUUGAUAUGAAAGUAGACGAAUCCGAAAAUUUAGAAGUUCAAGCUCAACAAUAUGAUUUGAAUUCAGCAAGUGAUGUCAUUUCAAGUUGUUCAAAAUCUCAAAUAUUAUCAGACAUUCAAGAUAAUGAAUUCAUAGAUUUAUAUUAUAUCGAUGAUAUAUCAAGAAAGAAAUCUACCCAAUUUUAUGAGUUCAAUUGUGGUGAAGAAAUCAAGUCAUUAUUAAAUCUUACCAUAACCGAUCAACCACAGCCAAAAUUCAUGUUAACAGACUUAAUGUACGAAUGUCAAAAUUUUAUAGGUUCAAGAUCCAAAAAAUUUUCUAAAUUUUUUUAUCAACAUAUAGAUCAUUCAAGAGCAACAAGAUCAAGUAGUGAUUUAUCAAAUCCUUAUAAUGAACCAACUACAGGAUUACCAGAAACUUCAUUUUUAUAUAAUAUAUCACCUGCACCUUUUGUAUUAGAUUUAUUACCAUUUACUAGAUCUUGGCAAAUUUUUCAAAAUGAAAUUGAUAAAUAUGAAUUACAAAAUUUAAAAGAUGGUAAUGCUAGUGUAAAGAAAUUUUUACAGUAUAGAGAUUUUCAACAUAAGUCGAGUUUAAUUGCUACUAUUCCAGAUGUAACGAAAAUGAACUCCUAUAAUGAAGUGGGACACAAUCCUCAAAUAGGUCUUAAUGAAUAA